CACGCCCCGAGGAGGAAGUUACAGGUCAGAAAGCAGAAACAGAAGGCUGAUCGAGAUUAGAAGCGAAUAACGGAGAUGAGGCGCUGGAUAGAAUAGCUUUCGAUCGAGGCAGCUUUUCUGUUGCCCCUCUUUCAUGUGUGAACUUUACAUCUGUUCACAGCCCUUUUCUGGUGUCUCGCCUCGAUUCGCUGACGACACCGCUGCAGCGGCCUCAUGGAGCACAUCCGAACACCAAAGGUAGAGCAGGUUAAGCUGCUGGAUCGCUUCAGCAACAAGUCCACUACAGGAACUCUGCACCUGACCGCCACACACCUGAUCUUUGUGGAGAGCAAUGCAACCAGUGCUCAGGAGUUAUGGAUCCUUCAUCACCACAUAGCAUCUGUGGAGAAGCUGUCUCUGACCACUAGUGGCUGUCCGCUGCUUAUCCAGUGCCGGAACUUUAGGGUUGUUCACUUUGUGGUCCCGCGCGAGCGAGACUGCCAUGAUGUCUAUAGCUCUCUGCUCCGGCUACUCCGGCCAGUGUCGUAUGAUGAGCUGUACGCGUUCUCCUACAACCCGAAACAGAAUGAGCAGCAGAGAGAUGAGGGCUGGCAGCUCAUUGACCUCGGGGCCGAGUUUGAACGCAUGGGUGUGCCAUGUGACCAGUGGCAGCUGACAGAUGUCAACAGAGACUAUAAGGUGUGUGAGACAUAUCCCAGAGACCUGUACGUACCCAUUACAGCCAGUAAGCCCAUCAUCGUUGGAAGCUCCAAGUUCAGAAGCAAAGGCCGCUUCCCUGUCCUCACUUAUUUUUACCAGGAAAGGAAGGCCGCAGUGUGUCGGUGCAGUCAGCCUCUCUCCGGCUUCAGCGCUCGCUGUCUGGAGGAUGAGCACAUGCUACAGGCCAUCAGCAAAGCCAACCACAACAACCGCUACGUUUACGUCAUGGACACGAGGCCUAAGUUGAAUGCGCUGGCGAAUCGGGCAGCAGGGAAAGGCUAUGAGAAUGAAGACAACUACUCCAACAUCCGCUUCCAGUUUGUGGGCAUCGAGAACAUCCACGUCAUGAGAUCCAGUUUACAGAAGCUUCUAGAAGUGGUGGGUACGCGCUCUCUCUCUGUGAUGGAUUACCUGGUAGGACUUGAAAACAGUGGCUGGUUGCGCCACAUCAAGGCUAUUGUUGAUGCUGCCAUUUUCCUUACAAAGGCAGUGACUGUGGAGGGGGCCAGUGUGCUGGUCCAUUGCUCAGAUGGGUGGGACCGCACAGCCCAGGUCUGCUCACUGGGAGCCCUGCUCAUGGACCCCUAUUACCGCACUAUCAAAGGCUUCAUGGUACUUAUUGAGAAAGACUGGAUCUCCUUUGGGCACAAGUUUGCAGACAGGUGUGACCAGUUGGAUGGGGAUCCGAAGGAGGUGUCUCCCAUCUUCACGCAGUUUCUGGAAUGCGUGUGGCAGCUGACAGAGCAGUUCCCACAGGCCUUCCAGUUCAGCGAGUGGUUCCUCAUUCAGAUCCAUGAGCAUAUCCACUCUUGCCAGUUUGGUAAUUUCCUAGGGAACAGCCAGCGGCAGAGGGAGGAGCUCCAAUUGAAAGAGAGGACGUACUCUUUAUGGGAUCAUCUGUUAAGCGAGCAGCAGCUUUAUCUGAACCCUGUGUACAGCCCCAGCUUUGCAGAGACACAUCCUGUCCUGGAGCCCUCCACACAGCCCUGGAACUUCAAGUUCUGGAGGAACAUGUACCAUCAGUUUGACCGCUCAAUGCACCCACGCCAGUCCAUACUCAAAAACACUGUAAUGCUGAAGGAGAACAGCAAGGAGCUGGAGAGCACAGUGCGAGAGCUGCAGGCAAAGCUGCAGAAGUUCGGGGUGAGCACCUCUCCACUGGAGCUCCACAGCCAGCAGAAGGAGCGCACCCUCCCUCCCCGGCCCCAGUCCCUCAUCCUGGGGGCCCCACUCAGCCGCAAGGAAGCGCAGCAGGAGGACGAGGAGGAGGAGGUGUAUGGUGAAGAGGCGCAGGAGGACACUCCGGUUGGCAGCGGUGAAGAGCGGACAGUAGAGGGCAGCAGCGCCACAGAGAACGGCUACGGAGAGAUCAAGGGCUCGUUCGGCUCCAAGAGUGAGCCAGCCAUAGUCAGCCUGGAGUUCGGAGUGGCACGAAUGACCUGCUGAGAAACUGCAAACUACUGGAGGAAUCUAGGACUAGAAAAAUAAAGAGAUUUGUAUAUUCUUCAGGUUCAGCGAAGGGAAGUGUGUGUGCGUGUAUGUGCCUUCACUGAGGGCUUUUGUGGUGACCUCCACAUGUACAGUAGGAGGAUGAAGGAAUAUAUGGAAAGGAUCCACUACAGAUCUGUUAUAUCUGCCAUUGUGUUGAAUGAGAGAAACAUUGCUUUUUUUUUUUUUAAAGAAUGUUAAUAGCACUAAAAGAAAAAGAUUAAAUGCUUAAAUGAAGAGAGAACAGAAUCUCUUCAACUAAA